GUGUGGUGCAAAACUUUAAGUCGUUAUCAUAAAAACGAAUGAACGUGCUUUAACAUGUAUAUAUAUGUUUGUGUGUAUUAUACUUGUAACUGUGAGUAAACGUCGGAUAAAUCAUUGAAAUUUUAUCAAAUAUGGCGAAACAAAUAAAAAUGGUAUUAAUAGAUCUUAGUGGAACACUGCAUAUUGAUAAUUCAGCGAUUCCAGGUGCCGUGGAAGCUCUAAACAGACUUCGAAACGCUGGUAUACCGCUUAAAUUCGUCACAAAUACAACGAAAGAAUCCGGAAAUUUUUUAUAUGGUCGAUUGACAAAACUCGGUUUUGAUAUUAAGAAGGAAGAAAUUUUCAGUUCUUUAGCUGCAGCGAGAAAAUUGAUUAUUUCGCGGAAAUUAAAUCCAAUGUUAUUUAUUGAUCCUGCUGCUAAUGAAGAUUUCGAUGAUUUAAUAAGAAAUGACGAUAAAAAAGAUGCUGUAGUAAUAGGAUUGGCUCCAGAUAAGUUCAAUUAUGAAAAAUUGACCAAAGCAUUCAGAUUACUAUUAGAUGGCGCGUCGCUCAUAGCCAUUCAUAAAGGGCGGUAUUAUAAAAGGCCAGAUGGUUUAGCUCUGGGACCAGGCGCAUUUAUCGCUGGUUUAGAAUAUUCCGCUGAUAUCAAGGCAGAAAUUGUCGGAAAACCAGCUGCAGAAUUCUUCAAAGCUGCUUUGGGAGAUAUAUCUCCAGAAGAAGCGAUUAUGAUUGGCGAUGACGUUAAAGAUGAUGUAGCUGGUGCACAAGCUAUCGGUAUCAGAGGACUUUUGGUACAAACUGGAAAGUAUCGAGAUGGAGAUGAAAAUACAAUUACACCACCGCCUACAAAAGUAUGCAGCUCUUUUGUCCAAGCUGUAGAAUUUAUUCUUAAAAAAGAAAUUUAAGUAGUAUGAUUUUGCAACAGUAAAAGAAUAUCAUGUAUAUGUAUAUUUAUAUAUGUUAUUCUGUAUUAAAUUAGAUAUUUUAUUUCAAUAUUAAUAAUUCCGUAAUGGGAUGUGUACAUAAUCUAGAUUAGAUUCACAAUAUAGUUUCAAAAUAUAAAGAGACUAUAAUUAUAAAGAAAUCGACAUAGUACUUUCUGUAAUGUGAAAUAUUACAUUACCAAAUUUUCUUUGUUCUAACAGUAAUAAAAAGUAUUACAGAUUU